CUAGUAGACUGGCAAUGCCUGUCUGAUAUGCGCGAUCUUUCGUACGAUAGAGACAGAGGACCAGUCUACCAGACUAGCAGAUCGUCUGAUUCAAGAUAAUGUGUUUUAUCCUCAUUCAAGGUAGAACUAACUGAUCCAGUUUUGGAAAAAAACAUUAAUAACUGUGGUUUUAAGUGUAUGAUACACAGAGAUACAGUGGAUGAAGUCAAGAAAAACAAAAUACAUAUGUGGUUGUGAUUUUGAGACCUAGUCCCUCUACACAAUGGAAACAGCAAACACUCCAUGUAAAGUACAUCAGUGUUCUAAGUGUCCGGGGGACACAGAGUACUAUUGUGUAUUGUGUCCAUGUGAUCUGUGUCCCCAGUGUAAAGAGAACCAUGUAAAAGAUCUCCAAACAAUAGACCAUGAUGUUGUGUCACACCGUGAUAAAAUCAACUACAUCCCAACACAAGAGAUCUGUGUGAGACAUCCUAGCAAAGUUUAUACAAAGUACUGUGAACCUUGUCAAGUUCCUGCCUGUAAUAAUUGCCAAAAACAUAGAAAACACAAGAAGACAGAUGUUAGAACAGCCUAUAAAACAAAGCGACAACAACACAGAGGAACCAUUCACACCAUCAGAAGUGAGGCUCUCUUUUACAGACCUGUUCUCCUGCCACGAAUCAAAACUGAUUUCAAAACCUGUCGCACAGAAUUCUCCCUCUAUCAAUCAGAAAUGUUAACAAAGGCCCAGACACUGAAGCAUCUCAUUGACUAUAUGAAAAACGAUUUCAUGUGUAAUGUGUUCUGUGACUUUGAUUUCAAACACAGAUGUUUAAAACAGCAGAAAGAAAUGAUCAGACAUAUUGUCAGCCUACAGGAAUAUGAACUCAGAUAUGUACAGCCAGAAUUUAUAUUCAGUGCACUACAAUUCCUCUCCUCCAUAAAGACAGCCCUCCCCCAGAUACAUCCUACACUCCACACCAGCCAGCUCUCCAUGACUGAGUCACUCAACAAGGAGGAUGUGAUGGAGUCACUGAGUGCAAUCCAAAUAACAGAGAGAGGAAACCGACGCGUAGGAAACCAGUGUCUGCUGAAACUGACGUCUGUUCCUGAGCUCCAUCAAUUUCUCACACUGACAGGUGUCCGUUGUUGUUAUCACAUUUCCUGUGUGACUUCAGACCGGGUCUGGGUCAGUGAUGAUAGAUACAAUCUCAUCUUGACAGACACAACAGGAGUCCCUCUACAUCGUGUGGAGGAUUCAUGGAGUGGUUAUAAUACAGGAUUCCACACAGUGAACAGUGAGAGUGAACUGAUUUAUAUAAAUAGGAAUUAUAACAUCAACAAACUGUCAAAGGAUAUGAAAACAACCACCACAUUUAUAGAGACAACAGACUCUACAUGGAGACCACAGUGUGUGUACUGGUCCCCGUCCACUGGGGAUCUACUGGUCGGGAUGUGUUAUAUACAUCAUACAGAGACAGGCAAGGUAACCCGGUACAACCAGAGCGGACAACUAACACAAACCAUACAGAACGACAACACAGGACGGGGACUGUAUAGUUACCCUAGCUAUAUAACAGAGAACAACAAUGGGGAUGUCGUGGUGUCUGACUGUAUUGGUUUGUCUGGUGCUGUAGUGGUGACAGAGCGUGGAGGAAGACAUCGUUUCUCCUACACAGGACCUCCAUCAGGAUCAAGACUAAGUCCACGUGGAAUCUGUACUGACGCGCUGUCACACAUCCUGGUGUGUGAUGAUACAACCGACACAGUACAGAUGUUGGACAAGGACGGUGAGUUCCUGUCCCAUCUACUGACAAAAUCACAAGAGAUGCGUGAACCAUGGAGCCUGAGUUAUGAUGUCAACACUCACCGUCUCUGGGUCGGAUCAGGGGACUUUCUCGGCCUCCGGGACAACAACAAGGUGUGUGUCUACAGGUAUAUCACCAGACAGGACGCUCUGACAGAUCAAAGUCGUGUGAUGGAGUCACUGAGUGGAAUCCCAACCCCAGGGACAGAAAAACCACAGCAAGGAAACCAGUGUCUGCUGAAACUGAUGUCUCCCCCCGAGUUACAUCAAUCUCUCACACUGACAGGUGUUGAUCGUUGUUUUCACAUUUCCUGUGUGACAUCAGACCGGGUCUGGGUCAGUGAUUAUAGUAACAAUCUCAUGUUGACAGACACAACAGGUGUCCCUCUACAUCGUGUGGAGGAUUCAUCUUGUUAUGAUACAGGAUUACACACAGUGAACAGUGAGAGUGAACUGAUUUAUAUAGAUAGGAAUUAUAACAUCAACAAACUGUCAAAGGAUAUGAAAACAACCACCACAUUUAUAGAGACAACAGACUCUCCAUGGAAACCACAGUGUGUGUACUGGUCCCCGUCCACUGGGGAUCUACUGGUCGGGAUGUGUUAUAGACAUACAGACACAGGCAAGGUAACCCGGUACAACCAGAGUGGACAACUCACACAAACCAUACAGAACGACAACACAGGACGGGAACUGUAUAGUGAACCUAACUAUAUAACAGAGAACAACAAUGGGGAUGUCGUGGUGUCUGAAUAUGACUAUGUGUCUGGUGCUGUAGUGGUGACAGAGCGUGAAGGAAGACAUCGUUUCUCCUACACAGGACAUCCAUCAGGAUCAGUACUACAGCCACAUGGAAUCUGUACUGACGCACUGUCACACAUCCUGGUGUGUGAUGAAUGGACCAGCACAGUACAGAUGUUGGACGAGGAUGGUCAGUUCCUGUCACAUCUACUGACAAAAUCACAAGAGAUGGGUGAACCACAGGGCCUGAGUUAUGAUGUCAACACUCACCGUCUCUGGGUCGGAUCACGAUCAUGGUACAACAACAAGGUGUGUGUCUACAGGUAUAUCACCAGACAGGACGCUCUGACAGAUCAUAGUCGUGUGAUGGAGUCACUGAGUGGAAUCCCAACCCCAGGGACAGAAAAACCACAGCAUGGAAACCAGUGUCUGCUGAAACUGAUGUCUCCCCCCGAGUUACUUCACUCUCUCACAGUGACAGGUGUUGAUCGUUGUUAUCACAUUUCCUGUGUGACAUCAGACCGGGUCUGGGUCAGUGAUGAUAGAAACAAUCUCAUCUUGGCAGACACAACAGGUGUCCCUCUACAUCGUGUGGAGGAUUCAUAUAGUGAUAUAUAUGGAGGAUUACACACAGUGAACAGUGAGAGUGAACUGAUUUAUAUAGAUAGGAAUAAUAACAUCAACAAACUGUCAAAGGAUAUGAAAACAACCACCACAUUUAUAGAGAGAACAGACUCUACAUGGAGACCAUCGUGUGUGUACUGGUCCCCGUCCACUGGGGAUCUACUGGUCGGGAUGCGUUAUAUACAUACAGAGACAGGCAAGGUAACCCGGUACAACCAGAGUGGACAACUGACACAAACCAUACAACAUGACAUCACAGGACGGGGACUGUAUAGAAUACCUAACUAUAUAACAGACAACAACAAUGGGGAUGUCGUGGUGUCUGACUGUACACGUCAUGCUGUAGUGGUGACAGAGCGUCGAGGAAGACAUCGUUUCUCCUACACAGGACAUCCAUCAGGAUCACGAUUAUGGUCACGUGGAGUCUGUACUGACGCGCUGUCACACAUCCUGGUGUGUGAUGUUAGAACCAAAACAGUACAGAUGUUGGACAAGGACGGUCAGUUUCUGUCACAUCUACUGAGAAAAUCACAAGAGAUGUGUGAACCAUGGAGCCUGAGUUAUGAUGUCAACACUCACCGUCUCUGGGUCAGAUCAGGGGAGAACAACAAAAAGGUGUGUGUCUACAGGUAUAUCACCGGACAGGACGCUCUGACAGAUGAGAACAGACCCCGUCCUGAUGGAGAUGACAUGUCCAGCUCAACACCAGCCGUAGAAUGGAGAUAACCUGGAUAUUGACAGGUUGUAAAUGUUUCUGUACAAAUCUAGUCUGCUCUCAAAACCACACAUGUUAUUUGUCCCUUUGUUCAACAUCUGCAGCUGAAAUUGACCUGUGUAUAAUUCACAUGGACUAUAAUACUGACUCCUGUUUAUUUCACACUUUGUGAUCAUCCAAGCAUGGCUGUCUGUUGCUUAAUAUGAAAUUGAAUGUAAUGAAAUUGGAUUG